UGAAUCUGCGUCCAUACUAGGCUCACUCGACCCUUGGCCCGCCGCCAGAACUCGCCUCGCCCGCGGCCGAUCCUCUCCAUCCGCUCGCCGCGCCGCAACCCGGAGAGGAGACUGCGCUCGGUCGAGCACCACCUCAGGCCCAGCGUCCUCGCGAGUCGUGACCAUCUCCGGCGCGGCGUCCGCCCUCUGCAGCCCCGGUGUCCCCGCGACCGUCGCUGCUGUCCUACUUCGCCACUCGCCACCUUGGCCGGCGACGAGCACCGCCAGGACACCAGUUGACUUGCACAGCCAGAGCUUUGGAAGAUGGCAAGAUCACCAAGAGGUAGGAACCUCCAAGCUCGUCAACAUAGGUCAGCUUCUUCAGAUGUGCCCUUGUGCUCCUGGAAGACAGAAGGAACAAACAAAGGAAAUGAUAUGUCAGUGACCUCUGAGAAGAAUGAAUGGAAAGGAGCCACUUGCCCAGUUUGCUUGGAGCAUCCACAUGAUGCUGUCCUCCUCCUGUGUACUUCUCACCACAAGGGCUGCCGACCAUAUAUGUGUGGUACCAACUACCGUCAUUCUAACUGCCUUGAACACUUUAAAGAAGCUUACGCAAAGGAAAAAAUGGCUCUUGGUGUUUCAGCUGAGUCUGCACCUGGCCUUCCAUUAUCCUCGAGCACACUGCCAUCAAUCAACCAGCCAUGUGUAAUGGAACUUGCCUGCCCUCUCUGCCGUGGAGAGGUUAAAGGAUGGACUGUGGUUGAACCUGCGCGUCACUAUCUGAACCGGAAAAGGAGAACUUGCAUGCAUGAUGGGUGCUCAUUCCAUGGCUCGUAUAAGGAGCUUUGCAAGCAUGUGAAGUCGAAGCACCCUUCAGCGAAACCUCGUGAAGUUGAUCCUGCUACUGCAGAUGAGUGGAAAAGGUUUGAAUGUGAGAGAGAGCGGCAGGAUGCCAUCAGCACUAUCAGGUCCAUGAACCCAGGAGCUGUGAUCAUGGGGGAUUAUGUCCUUGAGUUGAAUGGUGGUGGUAACAACCUUUUGCCCUCUGAUGGAGAUAAUUUUGACUUGGAGGAAAGGCUCAACUUCUUCACAUCCUUAGAUCGUACUUUGAAUGAGCGAAUUGACUUGUAUGACUCGUCAGAUAGUUUGGAUGAGGGGUUUGACUUCUUGGCAUCCCUGUUUACCCAUGGCAGGAGAAUCUCUACUGGAGCUCCAUUUAGCAGGGCUUAUAGAAGACAUAGGGAGAGGCCUAGACGUUCAACGAUUUCUGUUGAUGCUUCUGACAUUCAGCAUGAGUCAGUUAGUGCUCAAAGGGGACAGCGUGCUGUUCGGGCUAUAGGCAGAACUUCACGGCGGCACCAUCCUAUGGUGGCUCAUAUAAGGCCUACACGAGGCAGCUGAGAGAUGAAAUCACUUAGAGGGGAGGGAGGGGCUUUCAUGCUAUCCAUCUGCAAGGGAUGCAAAAUAACACACCAUGAUAAGUUGUUGCUCUGGUGGUCGGAGGUCCAUCAGAUUCUUCCUUUUUUUAUCCCGUUGCUGAGACAGCAACUGAGGAUAUAAGGUUGGAUGGAGAUGAGGUCUCUGUUUGGCAGAUGCUGAUGCCUGUAUGACGUGCUCUGCAAUGUGCAUACAGUUUUGGGCUGAAGCAGCUCCACUUUUCCGGUGCUGCAUUUGCAUGGAUUUUAUGAAUGCCCUUGCCUCGAACUUCUUUUCCCUUUCUGUUGAUCAAAGGAAACUGCAAACAGAUGAUUGUUUUGUCCGCAAUUGCUAUUUGAAUGUUAGAUGUCAGUGUCAUGAACAGCAUACACAUUACUGCUUAUGUUCUGGUCUUGUAGUUUUGUAUCCAUUCGCUGUGGCCUUUGGAUGGCUCGGUUGAGUUGAUAUGUGACUUAUUUGCCAUGAGUGCAUCUCCUCGUGGUUCUGUUGUACCGUGCUGCUAGGGUUAUUCACCUGGUGGUACACUAAACUGCCCACGCAGCUGUGUCUGUUUCAGCUGUUGCUUAUGGAACUGGUUCCUGUAGUUCUAUUUAUCUGCUUGAAAUGUGUCUCGUUUGUUUGGCCGUAUAAAUCAAUCAUAUAUUCAUGGUGACACUA